AUAUUUACAACUAAAAUGCGAUGCAAACAACCGUUUAGUUUACCAAGUAGUUAAUUAUAGAUUUUAAAAAAUUGAAGAAUAUUAAUAUUCUAAUGAACAUUUAGUUCUUUUAAAAGCAUUAUUCCUGAUUUGAAAAGAUACAGAGAGAUUUGCAAGAUUGAAAAUAGAGGUCACGUGAUAAUCGAAAAUGGCGACUGCAUAAUGUGGGAAGUUGUGUAAAUGAAUCAACUCUUUAUUUGCAAUAUGACACGUUUACACGUUGUCGUUUGCAUUUGGAUUUGAUCGGACUUUAAUGUUUUAUAUUGUGAUGAAAAAGAAAAACUCCAUUGUGUGAUGUCUACUGAAUCCAGCCAGACGUCAGAGCGAGUCAUUACUAUAGUUCAAAGUUCACUUCCUGUAACUUCAGCAACAGCUUUGGAUGUAGAUCCCAGUGAUGUGGAGCACAUUGGCGAAAUACCAUUAGAUGGUCUACAUGGUCUAGGUCAAGAAAAGAAUCCUUUCAGCAGUUUUUCUGAGGAACAUCUGAGUCGACUCGAUGAUUUCCUGUCCACCGAAGAGGCUCAGAAGAUCCUACAACAGACCACUGUAGAACCUUACAACAACACAGGUCAGAGGUCAGGGUCACCUGAAAGUGACACAGAUGUGAUAGGAAAUCAGCCGGAGGACUUGAUAAACAUAUUUGACGUGAGUCAUUUUGAUCAGUCAGAGCAUGUUCAUAGUCCUAUCAUUGUGAAGCAGACUAAAGCACAAGAUCUUUCAGGUUUAGACCCUCAUUUCUCUGAUCAUGCUUAUGCCAUACCUGUUAAACGUGUAACAAUUCCUCCUGUUGCCUCUCCCCAGUCUCAGAUGCCAUCGCCAAGGAAAAGGGGCCAGGCAAAGGAUGAAGUUAUGAUUGUAUCAGACGUUGGUAAUGACGUGGAAAUCAGUCAAGAAGAAACAAAAAGUGGGAAAGGCAGAGGUCGUGGAAGGAAAAACUUUGGAGAAAUUCCUCUUGGGAAUUCUAAUAACAGACGAUCCAAUAGAAUAAGUGAUAACGAACAACGAGAAAUGGCAGAAAAAAUUAGGCAAGAAAAUAUACAGAAAGAAAAAGAGGCAAUGGAUGCAUUGAAUUCAGGACAAUUUAGUGAUGGUCAAGAUGAAACACCAAAAAGGGGAAGAGGAAGACCAAAGAAAACAGAGGAAGAGGAAGAGGAGAUGAAACAGGUGGAAAAGAAAGUAGGGCCAAAGUCCUUGUUAAAAGAUGAGGAGGAAGAAACUUCAAGUGAGAAUGAAGUUGACACAAUAGAUGAACAAGUUAAAAGAAAGAGGGGUAGACCUAAAAAGGUCAAAGAUCAAGAAUCUGAAAGUGAGUCAGAAAACAAGACAAAUAAAAAAGACAAAAAAGGAAAGGGUAAAAAAGUGAAAGACGAUUCUGAUAGUGAUGAAGAGACGCCAAAGCAAAAAGGGAAAAAAGGACGAUCAUUGAGUAAAAAUAAAAAACAGGAGAAUGACGCUGAUGAUGAAAGUGAAGAAAACUCACCGAUAAAAGGGAAAAAGAAAGACAAUUUGAAAAAGAAAGGAAAGAAAGAAGACAGUUCUGAAAGUGAAAGUGAGGAGGACUCUCCUAAAACUGAGAAAAGAAAGCCAGGAAGACCAAAGAAAAAUAAAGGGAAGGAAAAAGAAUCAGAAAGUGAAAGUGAAGAAGAAUCACCAAAGAAAGGAAAAACAAAGAAGGGAAAAGGAAAACAGAAAGUUGACCAAAGUGAUGAUGAUAAUAAAAAGAAAAAAAAGACAAAGGGGAAAAAACAGGAUGCUGAAAGUGAAAGUGAUAUUAAAACUCAAAAAGGGAAAAAGGGUAAGGGGAAACAAACAUCUGAAAAUGAAUCACCUAAAAAGAAAGGAAAGAAAGGGAAAGUAAAGGAAGAAUCAGAGGAGUGUAGUGAUGAGGAAGAGUCUCUGAAGAAAGGAAAAAGGAAAAAAUUAAAAGGAGGAAAAAAGCAAGGUAAAGGAUCAGAACAUGGCUCAGAUGAAGGUCAAAAGGCCAAAUCAGGAAAGUCAAAGGGCAAAAAAGGAAAUAAGGAAGAACCUGAAGAUUUAUCAAGUGAAGAAGAAAAUAGUAAAGCUCAGAAAAAUAAAAGUGUCAAGAAGAAUGGAGGAAAGGAAGAAAAAGCAAAAGCUGAGAUGAAAAAGGACAAUAAAGAAAGUAGUGAUGAAGAGGAUGAACCAUUAAGUGCUAUUAAAUCAGAAAAUACUAAGGUUAAAAGUUCAAUCAAGAAAGAUACUUCCUCUGAUAAAAAUAUUUUUGAGUCAUUAUCAAAGCAAAUUAUGGAAUCAAGUGCAUUAAAACGUAAACAUUCAGUAACAGACAGUGUUGAUGUGAAAAAGGUCAAAUCUGAUAAAGUCAAAUUAAAACACGAAAGUGGUGAAGAUUCUCAUAUAACACGGCAAGAUUCUCUUGAUUCUAAGAAAAAAGAGGAAAACAGUGAAAUGAAAACUCCAAAAUCUGUAAAAAAGAAAUUUAGAAAAUCAGAAGAAUAUCUAGACCUUACAAUGACUGAUUUGUUCAAGCCUGAUGGUGUGAUCCGUAAAGAUGAGGAACAAACAAAAACUGAUGAUACUGAUAAACAUAGUAAUGACUCAGUUUCAAAUGAUCAGGAUCAUACAGUUGUUUUAAAUGAUGAAUCAAUUGUAGUUACAGUUGAAGUGAAAAUUGAUUCAGAUGAAAAGGAAAUUGAAAAUAGUGUUGCAGUUGAUGAAAAAUCUGCUACUGAAUUUAAGUCUGUUGAACAAACUUCACUGCAUGAAAAUGAAUCUGAAGUUUCACCUUCAAAGGUGGGUAAUGAUGAAAAUACUAAAAUAAAGGAACUAUACAAAAGAGUUGCUGAAAAAUCGGAUGAUUUGAAUUCUUCUGUUGAUUCUAACUUUGGAAUUGUAUCAGUAUCUAUGGUAACUUCAGAUUCUGACAAAGAAGAACCCAUUCAGUUUGAGGCUACAAUAGAAAAUAUUGAAUUUGUCUCUCUGCCAGAGGAGGCUGUUCAGUUUCAAGCUGAAGUUGUUCCACAUACUGAAAGUGUUUUAAGUGUACAAGGAAGUGAACACGUAGACGAAAAUAUAGUAGAUGUAGGUACAUCUAGUGUGACAGAAAGUGAGGUUCAGAUAGAUGAGAACAAAACAAAAAAUAAAGAUGAAAAAGUGUUGCAAAAAGAUACUGCAGUGAGUAAAGCAAAGGUAGAAACAAAACCGGUGAAAACAGUGCAAAAGCGUGGAAAAGUUCCUGAAGUCAAGAGUUCUAGUGAUAUAGACACAUCCGACAUAACUGGAUCAGAAAUGGAAGAAGAUAGUCGUGUUUUGAGGAGGAAAAGAGUACGAAAUCCACUUGUUGAAGAAUUUCUUAAAAAGGAAACAAGAAAACAGCGGAAGAAAACAACAAAGUCUGAAGAUGAAGGUACAGAUAAGGAGGUAGAAAAAGUUGAGGAAAAAAAGAAAAAGGGAAAAGAAAAGGAGAAAGAGAAAGAGAAAAAAGAACCAAUAGUGAUAGAAAAAGCAAAAGAAAAGUCAGAAGAAGACGAUGAAGAGGAGGAGGAGGAGGAGGAUGAUGAAGAAGAUAUGGACAGUGAAGAAGAAUAUGAGCCUCCAGAUCGUAGAUACUGUAUCUGUAAUAAACCAUAUGGUAACAAAUUUAUGAUUUGCUGUGAUAAAUGUGAGAAUUGGUACCAUGGUAAAUGUAUUGGGAUAACCCGUGAGAGAGGAAAAGAAAUGGCAGACAAAGAAGAGGAGUAUAUAUGUGAUGGCUGUAAGGAGAAAGAAAAGAUAGAAAAGAUCAAAGGCAAGUCCAAAACAGAAGACAGUAGAACAAGCAAUGGGUCUAAACCUCUUAUUGUAAAGAUGCCUGGAAUGAAAAAGGGAGACAAAUCUGGUAAAACUGGUAAAGUAGAGAUACAGUCCAAGAAAAAACUCAUGGAAGAUAAGAAAAAAGAAAAUAAAGACAAAAGUCCUGCAGCUUCACCAAAAGUUGAAAAGAAAACUGUCUCUGUUACAAAAAUCAGUGACCAAAAACUUGCUGCAGGGUCACCUGCUUUGAAGACCGAGAAAAAGGUCACAAUGCAAAAACCGGAGAUUGCUAUAAUGAAAAAAGGUUCUAAGGAAGCAAUUGGAAAAGUUUCCUUACUUGGAGGAAAAGUUCAAAAAGUGGUCGGUGCUAAAGGACAAGAGAUAAAGGCCAUGACCUUACCUGGAAAAACUGAAAAAGGAACAGUAAAAGGUCAAGAGGUCAAGGUAACAACUACCCCUGGAAAAGUUCAAAAGGAGUCUGGUACAACUGUAAAAUCAGAAAAGACAAUAAGCACACCUGGUAAAAUUGAAAAAGGUGGGACAACUGGAAAAUCUGAGGUCUCAAGCACCUCUGAAAAAUCAGAUAAAGUUUCAGUCACACCUGGAAAAUCAGAGAAGAAAGCUGAAAAAUCAGAGAAUUUUCUGGAAAUAUUUACUCCUGAUAAAGCUAAAAUAUUGGCACCUGUCAAGAAAAUUUCAACAGAACAGAAAAAAUCAGAGGAAAACUUACCACGAUGUAUAGGACCUAAAUGUGGCAAACUGUCGAGGUGGGAUUCCGUGUAUUGUAGUAACGAGUGUAUCAUCAAUCAUUCACAAGACUCGCUUAAUAUUAUACAUAGUCAGCAAGAACAGCCUGUCAAGAGGCCUAAUAAGCUAACUGGUGACAAAAGAAUUGUGGUUAUUGAGAAGACAACUGGCAAAAUACUUACUGGUGACAAGGCUCCCACAGAGGCUGAGCUAUGUGCCUGGCUGGAGAAAAAUCCUUCAUACUCUGUGCUCCUUCCAAGUAUUAAAAAGCUUAAAGCUUCUGACAUUGUAGGCAAACAGGAGAAAGAGUCACAUCACAAUCAUCCUGAACAGCACGAAAAGAGCUCUCACAAUGGCAAUAAACAUCAUCACCAUAGCAACAAAGAUCAUAAUAAAGACAGAAAGGACGGCAGUAAGGAUAGGAAGAGCGAUUCAUCUAAAGAACGAAAAAAGUCCCAUUCAGAUUCAUCCAAAGACCAAAAAUCACAUAGUACUCAUAAAAAACAUGAUGACAAACAUUCCAGUAAAAAACCAUCAAGUAAGAAAGAGGAAAAGACAGAUAAAAAUAAAAAGGAAUCAAGAGAUGAGAAGACAGACAAGGGGAAAACAGAGACUAAGGCAGAAGAUAGCGGUCCUGAUCCAAUCAGACUCAAUGUUAGAAAGUCACUUAGAGAUGCUUUAGCAUCAAGGGCUGAUAAAGCUGAUGAUGUUAUGGUGUCUCUAAGUGAGAUAAAGUCACUGUCACUAGAUAUUGAAAAUGAACUGUUCAGCUUCUUCAAAGAAACGGGUCACAAAUAUAAAAAUAAAUAUCGUAGUCUGAUAUUUAACAUCAAAGAUAUUAAAAACAAGGGUUUAUUUAGAAAGAUAUUGAAUGGAGAGUUAAAGCCAAGUAAACUGAUACGGAUGACCCCAGAUGAACUAGCCUCCAGAGAACUAGCAAAGUGGAGAGAGUUUGAAACAAAACAUGAACUUGACAUGAUUGUUCAACAAGAGGAAGAACUCAUGAAAGAGGGAGAACACUUUGUUAAAAAAACUCACAAAGGUGAAAUAGAAAUUGACGUGGUUAAUGCCACAGAGGAUGAGGAUCUUAGUACAUUGGAGGAUCAUGGUAUUAAAAAGAUAGAGCAGAAAAAAGUGGAAAAGACGAAAGCCGAUACACAAGCAAAGGAUUUUGUUGGAGGGUUAAUAGGGGACACUACUCCACAACACAAAAAUCAUUUAUUCGAUCUGAACUGUAAGAUAUGUACCGGGAAAGAAGCCCCGCCUCUCAAAGAUACCACACCUAAAAAGGUUCGUGUUGCCAGGAAAGUGAAGAUAGAGGAACCUAGUUCAAGUGACAAAAAAGUGAAAAUUAAAAGUGAAGAAGAACAAAAGAAGGAAGAGGAUGUAGUGAAGGAAGUAUUGAAGGCAAUUCAGAAAGCAAAGAAAGAACAGAUGGAAGAGGAAGCAAAGAGAGCAAAGGAACAAAAACCAGCACCUCAAGAGGAACCAGAGCAACACAUGCCUGAGUCUCCAGUUGCUGAUUCUACUGUUAUUGUUAGAUCACCAGAUUCAGCCCUGCAGUCAGGUUUAGAACAAAAAUCAGAUUUUACCCCAAAAGGACCUCAAGUGUGGAAAGGUUUUGUUUCCAUGCAGGAUGUGGCUAAGUUUGUUACCACAGCAUACAGAAUCUCAGGACCAUGUGAUAAACUGAAUAUACCAGACACAGUUCAUGUUUGUGGUAGAAUAUCUCCAGAGCAAGUGUAUGAUUAUCUGUCUAAGAUGAGAAAAGUAGGAACAAAGGACAUUAUUGUAUUAAGAUUCAUCCCUGGACCAAAUGAAGAAAAGACAUCAUACAUCAAUUUAUAUUCAUAUCUCAACAGUCGAUCACGAUGUGGAGUGGUGGGGAGUGUCUCAAAGUACAUAAAGGAUUUCUACAUCCUGCCUCUUGCAUCUCAUAGUAAAAUACCAUCAGUCAUUAAACCGUUUGUUGAACAGGGUUUGGAGUUGAACCGUCCUCAUAUGUUACUGGCAGUUAUAGUGAGGCAGAAAUUAAAGCCACAUGGUGUCGAACCAGACCCUAAACCAAAACAUCGACAAGGUCAAGUCAACAAAGUUCGUCAGCAGGAAAAACGACCAUAUACUCCUCCUGGGCAGAAAUCAUAUGGACCACUUCCGAAAAUCCCCAAAAUAAGCAAGCCAGAGGAGCCAGAACCUUAUGACCCAGAGAAGCCAACUAUGGAUCCAGUACCACAAAAACCUAGUGAUGAAGCUGUGUUCAAGAAACCACUAGCACCAGUGGUGAAACGUUCAUCCCCAUCGUCAAGUCCUGGAUCAGUUAAAACAUUGCCAGGAGCUGCCAGUAUUGUAUCUCAUAUGAUGGAUAAAUUAAAACUGGCAACAAAUCCCCUAGAGGCAAAUGAAACAAUUACUGGUGGAUUGUCUCCAAUGGCAACCAUCACAGACAAGCAAAAAAUAUUGUUAGAACUUACUCAACGAGUGUGUGAACAGAAGAAAUUAAUUGAACUCAAGCAUGCUGGGAAGUCUGUACAAGAUCCAGCUCUUCCAUUGGUUGCUGUGGCAAAUGCUAUGACAGCGAUAAGUCAGAUUUCAAAAACUCUAGUCUCAGCACCUAAAAGGGCGGCAAUAACAGCUUCACAACAGAGUGAUAAAACUCAUGUAUCUGAAAGUGAUGGUGUUUCAUCUGCAUCUCAGCAAAGUGCAAAAACUGAUUCUGAAAUUAACUCUGUUUCAUCAGCAUCUUCUAGUGAAGUCAGUACUACAUCAUCUAUAGAGACAGACACAGUGUCAUCUGUUGCAGCUGAAUUUUUCCCUUCAGUAACCUCUUCCAAAAUGUCUGCUCCUACUGCUGCAGGAGCAGCAGAUGUACAGCUACUUGCAUCAAAAACAAUUGGACUUUUGCCACAUGAAGUUGCAGCACAAUCAGAAAAAAUGUCAUCUAUGCCUGAGGCUCUGAAAUCAUUAUUCUCAAGUAUUCCAGGAAGUUAUAGUCAUGUGACUAAAUUUCAAGAAGCUGAUCCAAUAACAACUGAUAAGAAAGAAGAGAUCAGUGAAAAGGAGGUCGAUAACAUUGAAAUUGAACAGGAACAAUUAGAAAUUCAAGAUUCAGCAAAAGAAAAAGAAAACAAAAAACUAGUAGAGUCUGUAAAACCGGCAGAUCCUCGUCAAGAAAAAAUAGUCGUCAAAACGAAGCAGGCUGCAGCAGUGGAUAAUUCGAGAGAAGGACAUAAUAAAUUUAAUGUAUCAUUACUUGAAUUUGAUUACGGUGACUCUGAUAGUGAGGCUGACGAAAUUCCGUCUACUACACCAAGUGAAGAGCUAAAAGAUGAUGACACAAGGCCAUCCUCUGUCAUGUCAUCUUCCAGUGAAGAGUCCCAAGAUUCAGCUAAUAUUCCCCAUCUGCAAUAUCCUCCAUUACCUGCUGAACCAGAGGCUCCUCCCCCACUACCUGAAGAACCUCCACCACCUCCACCGGACCAUGCUCCAGAGGAGGAGGAGGUAUCUGAAGAAGAGGAAGAAACUGGUAAAAAAGGUAGAAAGAAAAAGAAAAAAAAGAAAAAGGGUAAAAAAGGUAAACCUGCUCCAGAAAUUAUGCUUGAAGCCAAAGAUCCUAUUAGCAAAGCUAUACUUGAUGCUUCAUUCAGACGACUGAUGGAAAAGCAGCAAGAAUCAAUGGUCCCACCAAUGUCAGUCCCAAUGUCUCCUGUAGUAGGACCACAGGCGGUUCCUAUGACUGUACCUGGUAUUCCAAUUACUGGAGCAGGUGCACCUUUUCAGAGUCCAGCAGUGCAAGGUUUAAUGGGCCCAAUACCUAAUGCCAAGCCAGCAUUACUACCGACACCACUUUUAAAUCCUCCUGUGGCAACAGUCAUGAUGCCACAAGCUGCUCCAAUGGGUAUGCCACAGCCUUCACAAACAGUACAACAACCACCUAUUGUGCAAAAGACUAUCCCAAGUUUAUUUGAAAUUGAAGUCACACCAUCUAAAAGUCUUAUUAUGGGAAAAAUAAGGAAAGAUGAACCUGGAAAUGAAUUAGAUCGUGAACUACUUGAUCUAGCGGAUAAUGACUGGAGAGCCGAAGAGCCUCAAGACUUAGAUUUAAGACAAGAUCAGGAUUUAAGAGUGAUGGAUGUUGAUAUGAGACAGGCCACAAUAAACAAACCCCCUGUUAUUCCCCCAAGAGUGAUAUGGCCAGAAGAUGUUGACCAUAGAAAAGGGGGUCGUUAUACCCCAGAUCCUGUAUUUGGUUCAGAUUUACAAUUUCCAUCAGAAGAUAGCGAUUUAAGAAAUUUCUGCUCUCCUUUAGAUCAGGACUAUAGGCGUAGAGAUAUGCCACAAAAUGAAAUGGGCAAAGACAAUUUUUCUAGUUCUGCUGAGGACCAGGAUUUUAGAGUAAAUCAGAACAAACGUGGACAAGGAAGGGGGUCACAUGAUCGAGAUUCAGAUGGUCACGAUCGAGGUAGGAGGAGAAGGCAUGAAGACUCCUCACACAGAAAAUCUAAAAGGAGGCGAAGAGAUGAUGAUCGCCAUCAUUCAAGACAUGAUGACAGAGAUCAUCGUCAUCGUGACAAAGAUCAAAGAAAAGGGGAUAAAGAUCAAGAUUCAUCUUUGCCUGAAGAUGUAGACCAGCGUCCAAAAUUAGAGAAGAAAGUUCCACAAGCACCAAGAUUAGCAGAUAAGGUACCAGUUCCACCUCCACAAGUUCUGGCACAGAAAGCCGCGGCUGAGAUAAGUACCCAGAAGGUACCACCACUACAGCCACCACCAUUGCCACCAGGAAUUGAAGUCAAACCACUAACUCCUUCCACUCCAGUAAAUCCUCCAAAAAGAGUUCAGCCCCCUCCCCCAGGCAUUGAUGAUUGGUGAAUUUUGUAUUAAAAAACUGAACUUGGAAGAUGUUAUAAUUCAACCUGUCCUACAGAUGGUGUCUGAACACUAGUCCUGUUAACAUCUAAAUACACCUAACUGUUAUUGAAGGUUUUUUAGAGUAUGAAUAUUGCCAUCGUAAAACAUGCUGGUUUUUAAGAAAUGAGGCUAUAUAUUUUUUUAUUGUCAAACACAACUAAAUAAGAGAGUACUUUCUGAUGAGAGAGGUGUAGUGUUAUUGUCUUGUUAGUUUUAUUUUUCUGAAAAUUCAGAAAUUUUUGUGAUGUUUUUAUUAUUGCAAACAUUGCAACAGGAUAGGUUUUGCCAAAAUUGAAAACUUGAAUUUUAGAUUUUCAUAGAAUUAUUUGUAUGCAGGAUUUCCUGAAUCGUAAUAAUAAAUUUCACAAUUCUGUCCAUUGUUGAACAACUUGAUAAUCAAUGCACUCAAAAAUUUCAAAAUUUACAGUACCAUGUUGCUUUUCAAUGUACAAAGUAAAUUUAGCAGAGAUCAUUAGUCAUGAUAUUCCAUAAUAUUGCUUUAAAGCAGGGACAAAAUAAAUGUUUAUUUAUAAAACAAUUAAAACUUAUAAUUUAUAAGUAAAGUAUGUGAAUAUUUCGUUGAAUCUCAUCUUGGUAUUUGAUUUGCAUGAGGUACUUACAUGUAAGUGUGUUACAUCAAUACUGUUUUUAAAAUAUUUUUUUUUAAUUACUUCUCCAUAAUUGUGGGCUAAAU